GACCAGCAUUGGCACAUGGAAGGAGCGGCGCUCGCUUUGCCAGCUCCUCGAUGCCAGCAAGCGGAGGGAGUAGUGGCCACAGGGACAGACGCUGGCCGGUGGCUUCCCUGCCCCUGCUUCCCUCCUUUUCCACCUUGGGCGCUGCGCCCUAGCGCCACUCUGCCCCUUCAGUAGCCGGGGGCUGCAGCCCGCACGCCUCUCCUCGGCUUCCUUUGUGUGUGUGAGGAGAGCUGAGGCGGUGGCGCUGGAAGAGGAAGAAGAGGAGGAGUCGCCGCCAGCCGCCUCGCUUGUCAAGACUGAGCCGCUCACGCGAAGGCGGUGAAGGGAGGGGGGGAAGGCGAAGGAAGGGGCUGGUGGGGCGGCCCUAGGAGUCCCUGGGAAGCCUCCUCUCCUCAGGCGGAGAGAAAGGAACUGGAAGCAGCGCGAGGCCCUUCGCUGGGCAGCCAGAACAGCGUCUCCCCUUUGCGAAAGCUGAAAGGGGCGCAAACGAACAGGCAGCAACAGCAACAGCAGCAGCAGCGCGUUAUUUGGGUGAGCUGCAAGGAAAGCCCGGGUGGCGGCGGCGGCGGCUGCUGCUGCUGCUGCUGCUUUGCUCCGAGCGGCUCCAGCGCUUUGCAAUGGCUUGGAGGCAGCGGCGGCAGCCGGACAGCUGCAGGAGCACCUGGGCUAGUCACUAAGGAACCAGAAGGAAGGAGGAUGGCCACCUCGAGCAACUCCAGUUUGUCUGGCUCCUCGGUGUCCUCUGAUGCUGAAGAGUAUCAGCCACCCAUAUGGAAGUCAUACUUGUAUCAGUUACAACAGGAAGCUCCUCGUCCCAAGAGAAUAAUUUGUCCUCGGGAGGUGGAGAACAGACCAAAAUACUAUGGAAGAGAGUUUCACGGGAUCAUUUCUCGUGAGCAAGCAGAUGAAUUACUUGGAGGUGUUGAAGGAGCAUAUAUUCUCAGAGAAAGCCAGCGACAGCCUGGAUGCUAUACUCUAGCGCUCAGAUUUGGUAAUCAGACCUUAAACUACAGGCUUUUUUAUGAUGGGAAGCACUUUGUAGGGGAGAAGAGGUUUGAAUCAAUCCAUGAUUUGGUAACAGAUGGCUUGAUAACACUGUAUAUAGAAACAAAGGCUUCUGAGUAUAUUUCCAAAAUGACAACAAAUCCUAUCUAUGAACACAUUGGAUAUGCCUCUUUGCUUAGAGAAAAAGUAUCCCGGAGGCUGAGUAGAUCAAAAACGGAAUCAAGAAAAGCUAGUGUAACAACAUACGAAGAAAAUGCACCAGUUGAAAAGACACACGUCUGCCUUAAAGAAGUACCACAAAGCAGGCCGUUCCUUAUUCAGAUGCAGAAGCUCCUUCUAUCAGACAAGACGGCCCAUUCAAGUCACAUGCCAGAGGUCUCAGCAGAAUGGGCUGCAGCUGCUUCAAAUCUGCUGUCUAACGUUAGAAGCAGUUGGACAAACCUGACAGCAGUAAGCCUCCCGGGCUCAGAAGAAGACAGAGAAAAGAUCUGGGACCCAAGCACUAUGUUUGCUGAGGAGCUGUGGCUUGAGAAUGAGAAAGCCUGUGCCAUGGUUCACAAAUCUAAGCGAGGAAGGAAGCGUCAAGAGCUGCUGGCCGUGGCAUUGGGGGUUAAGAUGGGAGUCAAAGGGGCACUCUUGUGGCAACCUCUGAAACUCUUUGCCUAUUCACAGAUCACCUCUUUGGUCCGGAGAGCAGCGCUAACACAAAAUGACAACCAUUUCAACUAUGAAAAAGCACACAAUUUUAAGGUCCACACAUUUCGAGGUCCACACUGGUGUGAAUACUGUGCCAACUUCAUGUGGGGGCUUAUUGCUCAGGGAGUAAGAUGUUCAGACUGUGGAUUGAAUGUACACAAACAGUGUUCAAAAUAUGUCCCCAAUGACUGCCAGCCAGAUCUCAAGAGGAUCAAGAGAGUCUACUGCUGUGACCUCACUACACUAGUGAAGGCUCACAAUGCACAGAGACCCAUGGUAGUGGACAUAUGCAUUCGUGAAAUUGAAGCAAGAGGUUUGAAGUCAGAAGGAAUUUACAGAGUCUCAGGGUUUACUGAACACAUUGAAGAUGUCAAAAUGGCCUUUGAUCGAGAUGGUGACAAGGUAGAUGUGUCUGCCAACUUGUACCCAGACAUAAACAUCAUUGCUGGUGCACUGAAACUGUAUUUCAGAGACUUACCAAUUCCUGUAAUCACCUAUGAUACUUAUUCCAAGUUUAUAGAAGCAGCAAAGCUCUGCAAUCCUGAUGAAAGAUUAGAAGCUGUCCAUGAAGUGUUGAUGUUACUCCCUGCUGCACACUAUGAGACUCUUAGAUACCUGAUGAUUCAUCUCAAAAAGAUUACCAUGAAUGAAAAAGAUAAUUUUAUGAAUGCUGAAAAUUUGGGAAUCGUGUUUGGACCUACUUUAAUGAGACCCCCAGAAGACAGCACCCUUGCUACGCUCAAUGACAUGCGGUACCAGAAGCUAAUUGUGCAAAUAUUAAUAGAAAAUGAAGAUGUUUUGUUUUAGACAAAUGACACUGUAAAUUCAUAGCCAUCUGCUAUGAAAGUAUAAGUUUAAAAAAAAAGUUCCCAGAAGGAGAAAAAAAAACAUGGGUAGCACUUCAUUUUCUGCAGUGUUGCAGAUGAAUGCCAAAACAUUUAGUAAAGGGUAUGUCUCAUAGACAUACACCUCUUUUUAUUAAUUAUUAUUAUUAUUUAAGAAAGAACAAAGGUCAGAAAAAAAUCCUCUUGCCUUGUAUUUUGCCUUGCUUCCAUUGUGUAUCUGUGUAGAAAGGUUACAGACUGUUCUACUGUUAACUUAUUAAAGGACACAAACCUUGUAUGUUUAUUUAGAUAACUGAAGCAAAAAGGUACUUUUCAACCUGAUCUUCAAAGCACUGCUUUGGCACAGCUCUUAUUGUAAAGAACUGGGUCAGCAUUGGAACUUGUAGGACAGUAGUUGUUCACCCCAGUCUGGAAACUGACUUACACACACACACACACACACACACACCAUCAUCAUCAUCCUUCUGGAUCUGAUACCACCCAUACAGAAGGGUCAUGUCUGAAGGGUGUACCCAGUACCCAUGAGUGUACCACUCUAUACAUUUUACCAAUGUUUUUACCUCUGACAUUGAUGAUCAUCUGUUUUUAGGAGGACAAGGCCCAGGUCCACGCACCUCCUUCCUGGACCAGCACUUUUUGAGCAGCUUCACUUAUCAGUUUGGUGGAAAUCCUCCUCAUACAGAAUUGCAGGCACACAACCCACUACUGCUUGCAAGGAUCUCUAGAUCAUGGUCAUUAUCUGAAAUCUAGUGCCAUUCAACUCAGUAGUAUUAACUUGUACAAUGAUGGCCAUAAUGUAGCGCUCUAGACAUUCUCGUAUUUUUCAGUUAUUCACUGUACACACACUGAGCAUUUCCCGACUUGCAGAAAACAAUGUUAAAUUUUGAAGUGCUGGACUGCAGUUAAUGGCCAUGAUCCAGAACCUCCAGUGUCCAGGUAGAGCUCCACAUAAGCAGGGGUGUCCUGGUUCUCUUCUAUGAACAGGAGAAUGCUUGCAUGCACAAUUAAAAUUUACAUUUGCAUAGGGAGUAUUUCCAUUCAUAGAACAGUAUAGGAAGGCACUGUGCACAAAUAAUUUUUUGAUCUUGUUGAACUUAGGGUGUUUGUCAGUGUUAGUUGUAUAGGGAUAUACAAUUUCUUCCUAUGUAAGACAUAAUUAUGUAUGUCUAAAGUGAAACAAAACCUGUAUUUAAAAAUAUAUUUUUUUUCUUUAGUUAGCUGCAGGAAUGUCUUUUUAUUUUAGCAAAGUAUAAUUCAAUGCGGUGCAUUGAUGAUUUUCCAUAUAUUCCUCUUCAGCAUUAUUGCUAUGUACAUUGAACUCAUUUACCACUAGUGCAGUAUUAUUGUGACAUACCUCUUUCAUUGCAAAUGCUUUUAAAGAAACUUCAUUGCUCUUGCGUAUCUUAACAUUCUUUGGUUUGUGUUAUAUUCUAAGAAUUAGAGCAAGUACAGUAUUAUCUUAAUCCUGCCCUCCAAAAAGAGGAGCAUUUAAAGGUUUUUUAAACACUCUUUACACUAGCAUCAACUACUACAUAUAACACAGGUUCUUGGAAUACAGUAAUGUCUGAAAUAAGUUAUUCUGGAUCCUGGAUAUUUUCUGGCCUUACUGAAAAGUUAGCACUUAUUUAGGGUUACUUUUUUAUUAUUUUUAAAGCCAAGUUGCAUUACUUUGCUUCUGUGUUUAUAAAACUAUUUAAAUGAGAGCAUUUUUCUUCAUUGUCUUCUUACAAAUCUGUUAAUAGAGGAGAGCAAGAGAAUUGGUAUAUUACCAAAUCUCAUGGUUUUCCCCUAUUUUUUCCAGAGGCUGAUCCUCAGUCUAAUGCAGUUUUUUCCCCAAUACUACUUUUUUUUUCUUGUCACAAGAUUUUUGUACAACUAUUUCAGACACAGGAUGGUAGUAUAGUUUAUUACAAAACUGAAUUUUCAAUAUGAAAAGCUCUAUUAAGCUCUUUUCUUUAUUUGUAUGAAUCGCAAGUUUCAAAACUCAGUUAUGCUGUUUUCUGAAUUAUUUCAGAGAGCAUAGGUUUCUAUUCAAAUUGGGGGGAAAUGUGUGUGUAACUUUGAUAAUGGAAAAGAGGAGGACAAAAGGGGGCACAGGGAAUAAUGUAUAUGAGGUAUCCUUUAGAUGGGUCACCAAGGGCUAGGUAGACAGACUCAGGCUGCAGGCCAGAUGUCCGUGAGAUCUGAUAUGUUGGUACAAUACUAGAGAGAUUCUCCUAAAUUGUACAGAUUUAAUUGUUGUAGGCUAUGUACUAAAUUCUGUCAUAAAAUGGUAUGGAAAUGGUUUUAUUUUGUGAAGUGAAAUAUGCUUUGUAAUUUAUGAUAGUGUAAAUGGAAAGAAAAAUCCAUUAAAUGUGUUGAGUUCC